AUGGCUUCCAUGAUCACUAAAACUUCUUCUUCUUCGUCAUUGUCCGGGUGGGAAUACGAUGUUUUUCUCAGUUUUAGAGGCGAAGACACUCGCAAAAAUUUUAUAGAUCAUCUGUACCGCGAGUUGAAAGGGAAAGGAAUUAGGAUCUUUAGGGACAACGAAGAACUUGAGAAAGGAAAAUCCAUUUCUCUAGAGCUAUUGAAAGCCAUAGAAGCUUCGAGGUUUGCUGUCAUUACUCUCUCAAGAAACUAUGCGUCGUCGACGUGGUGCUUGGAUGAACUUGCAAAGAUUGUUGAGUGCAUGGAACAAAGGAAGCUGACAGUUUUGCCUGUUUUCUACCAUGUCAAUCCCUCUGACGUACGCAAAGAGAGGGGGAUUUUUGCCAAGGCCCUUUCUCAACAUGAAGAACAUUUCAAGGAGAAUAUAGAGAGGGUGCAAAGAUGGAGAGAUGCCUUGAAAGAGGUAGCCAAUAUCUCCGGAUGGGAUUUACAGGACAGGCUUGAGUCAGAAGUCAUUCAAAACAUUGUUCGGAAGAUUCUUGGUCAAUUGAAUUCUAUAGUUCCGAUUGUUUCCGAUGAUCUUGUUGGAAUAGGCUCUCAAGUAGAGGAACUAAUGAAUUCAUAUUUAGGUGUAGGGGUGGAUGAUGUUCGCUUUGUAGGGAUCUGUGGGAUGGGUGGAAUUGGUAAAACAACUCUUGCACGUGCUGUUUAUGAAAGAAUUGCUUGUGAAUUUGAAGCUUAUUGCUUUCUUACCAAUGUUAGAGAAGAAGCUGGAAAACAUGGUCUAGUUGCUUUACAAAAACAACUUAUUUCCAGGACUAUGAUGACAGCAAGCAGUAUUAAUAUAUGGGAUGUUUUCGAGGGAGCGAAUGUGAUCAGAAACAGACUAUGUUGGAAAAGAGUUCUCAUCAUUCUUGAUGAUGUGGAUCAACCCGAACAAUUGCAUGCAUUAGCAGAAAGGCGUGGCUGGUUCGGUCGAGGGAGUAGAAUCAUCGUAACAACAAGAAAUAAGCGUCUGUUGAUUGAGCACGAUGUGGCUGAAGCUGAAAUAUAUAAGACUAGGGAAUUGAAUUACAGUGAAGCACUCCAAUUGUUUAGUUGGAAAGCCUUCAAGGAAGAUCACCCCACUAGAGAUUUUGUGGAGUUGUCCAAGAAGGUUUUAAAUUAUGCUAAAGGCCUUCCUUUAGCCCUUGACAUUUUGGGUUCAUCCCUCUAUUGUAGAAGUGUAGAUGUAUGGGAAAGUAUGCUAAGUAAAGUAAAAGAAAUUCCUGAUGGGAAAAUCCAGGAUAGACUUCAAAUAAGUUUUGAUGGACUCCCAGAAUUAGAGAAAAGAAUUUUUUUAGAUAUUGCUUGUUUCUUCAAUGGGGAGGACAAAGAUCGUGUAGAAGAUAUACUAGAAAGUUGUGGUUACCACCCUAAAAUCGGUAUAGAUAAUCUCAUCAAUAAGUCACUCAUAACCAUCUCAAGAAAAAAAUUGUGGUUGAAUGAUUUGUUAGAAGCAAUGGGUCGGGAGAUCGUUCGUCGUGAAUCUUUUGAAGAGCCUGGCAGACGCAGUAGAUUGUGGUUUACUGAAGACAUCGUUCGUGUACUGAAGAAUAAUACAGGAACAAAAAGGGUUGAAGGCAUAGUCCUAAACUCUGCUCCACUGGAGGAAUUACACUUGAAUGCUAAAGCCUUCUCGAAGAUGAAGAACUUAAGAUUGCUCAAAAUCUGCAAUGUGCACCUUUCUGAGGGUCUUGGUACUCUUUCUAACGAGUUGCGGGCUAUUGAUUGGCAUAGAUAUCCUUUGGAGUCUUUGCCAAUGAGUUUCUCACCUGACAAUCUCGUUGAACUCCAUAUGCCUUGCAGCCACAUUGUACAGAUAUGGAAGGGAAAGAAGAGUUUACACAAGUUAAAAAUCCUUGAACUUAGUGACUCUCGAAAAUUGAUCAAGACUCCGGACUUGACGGGAGCCCCAAAUCUUGAGAUGCUGAUUCUUCAAGGCUGUGUGAGCUUACUUGAGGUCCACCCAUCCGUUGGAGCUCUCAAACGACUUACUUUACUGAACUUGAAAGAUUGCAAAUCUCUUACUAGCCUUCCAUGCAACAUUAGCUUGGAUUCCCUUGAAACUUUGAUUCUUUCCGGUUGCUCAAAACUUGAUAAAAUGCCAAAGGACCUAGGGAACACGGUACUUCUGGAGGAACUUGAUACCAGUAGAACUACUGGAAGACAAGCACCAUCCUCCAUUCCUAGAUUGAAGAACCUUGAACGUAUACUUGACUUGUUGUUUGAUUCCGAGCCUGACAUUGGGUUGGUGGCGCCUAAUUCAUUCUCAGAUUUAUGCCAUUUGAGAACAUUAGAUUUGAGUUAUUGCGAUUUGCCAGAUGGAGAAAUUCCCAAUGAUCUAGGCAACUUGUCAUCUAGAAACAAAUUUGAGCACAUACCGGGAAGCAUCUCAAUUUACUAA